AUGAAAGCAACUGUCAUUCACGCCACUGGUGAUGCCUCUGCUCUGAAAUUUGAAAAUAAUUUCCCAAAACCUGCGUUCAACAAAGACUCCGAUCAAAUAUUGAUCCGAGUCGUGUAUGCUGGAGUAAAUUUCAUUGACACCUAUUUCAGAAGUGGAUUAUAUCCAGUUUCAUCGUUCCCUAAAGUUCUUGGCCAAGAUGGCAGUGGUUACAUUGAAGAAAUUGGUGAUCAAGUGCCAAGCAGCUGUGGACUCAAAGUCGGAGAUCGUGUUGCUUUUACGUCAGGAUCUGGUUCUUAUGCUGAAUAUGUUCUCUCGGGCUAUGUGAAUGUUGUAAAGGUUCCUGACGAGGUGUCUCUCCAAGAUGCAGCUACUUGCAUGGUGCAAGGGAUCACUGCUUAUUAUUUGGCAUUUGAUAUUCCAAGUGUAAGAAGUGAUGUGGUUUUGGUUCAUGCAGCAGCAGGUGGUACUGGUCGAGUCCUCGUUCAAAUCUUGUCAAAAGUAAAAAAAGUGAAAACAAUCAUUGGAACAGUUGGAUCUGAUGAGAAAAUCUCGCGGGCAAAAGAGUUAGGAUGCACUCACGUGAUUCAAUACAAAAGAGAAGACGUGGUUCAAAAAGUGAAAGAAAUCACCAACAAUGCAGGUGUCGAUGUUGUUUAUGAUGGCGUUGGUAAAGAUACCUAUUCAAGCUCAUUGAACUCAUUGGGAGUAAGAGGAUUGUUUAUUAGCUUUGGAAAUUCCUCUGGACCAGUUCCUCCAAUUUUACCAUUAGAUUUGAGUGCUAAGGGUUCUCUCACCUUUACAAGACCUCGAAUGUUUGACUUUGUGAGAACGUAUGACGAAAUGAGAGAAAAAUCAGGAAAGGUCUUCUCGUGGGUUUCACAACAUCUCAUUUCCAUGAAGAUUCACAAAGUUUUCAAGCUUGAAGAGGCCGCAGAGGCACAUCGAGAAAUUGAGGAUCGUAAAACCUUGGGUAAGAUUUUGUUGCAAGUAUCCCAAGUCAGGAAAAAGGAACAUUUGAAAAAUUCUCUCAGCUAUAAAUAA